AUGGCUGCAUCCUCCCUCUGCCAAACGACGUCCGCGGCGCCACCUCGUCUGGACACACGUCCCGACUGGAGCAACGUCGACGUCAUCCACCGCAACACCCUCGAACCCCGCAGCUAUUUCUUCCUCUACGGUAGCGAAGAAGAUGCCCUCUCGCACGACGUGACCAAGGCAAAGGCACAAUGCCUCUCGGGAACGUGGAAGUUUCACAUUUCAAAGUCGCCGCUCGAGGGCCCUGCCGAUUUCUUUCAACCCGCUUUCGAGCCAGACGGCUUCCGCGACAUCGCUGUCCCGGGCAUGUGGCAGCUCCAGGGAUACGGCAAAGGGCCUCAAUACACCAACAUCAUGUACCCCUGGCCCGUGGACCCGCCCAACGUCUCCUACCAGGAUAACGAGUGUGGCCGUUACCUGACGUCGUUUGCUCUCGACCCGUCCUUCGAGGGCCACCAGCUCCGCUUGCGCUUCGAAGGCGUCGACUCCUCCUUCACCGUCUGGCUCAACGGCAAACCCGUCGGCUACUCGCAAGGAUCGCGGAACCCGAGCGAGUUCGACGUCACCCAUCUCGCCCUGGUCGGCGGCACCAAUGUCCUUGCCGUCGAGGUCUACCAGCGAUGCGACGGAAGCUACCUCGAGGAUCAGGACCAGUGGUGGUUCAGCGGCAUCUUUCGCGACGUCCAUCUCCAUGCCUUUCCCAAAGUUCACAUCAAGGACCUUCACGUCAUCACAGCUUUUGACCAAGACUAUCGAGAUGCCGUCCUGAGAGUGAGCGUCGAGCUAAACGCACCUGCGUCCGUCGAGGUCAAGCUUCUCGAUGCCGGCCGUAGGGAGGUGGUCAAGGCGACCAAGGACGUGAAUCGCUCCGGCAAGUUCGAGUUGCGCGUCAACGGAGUGUCGAAAUGGACGGCCGAGACGCCCAACCUGUACAUGCUUCUGCUCAACCUCCCCGGCCCCGACGGCUGCACCUUGCUGCAGCGAGUCGGUUUCCGAACGAUAGAGCUCAACGAUGGUGUCUUCUGCGUCAACGGCAACCCGGUCAAGCUUCGAGGCGUAAACAGGCACGAGCACAACCCCGACCAUGGCAGGGCGGUGCCGUACGAGUUCAUGAGGCGCGACCUCGUCAUCAUGAAGCAGUGCAACAUCAACGCCAUCCGCACAUGCCACCAGAUAAACGACCCGCGACUGUACGAUGUCGCCGACGAACUCGGCCUCUGGAUCCUGGACGAGGCCGACCUGGAAUGCCAUGGCUUUGCCGGCAUCGGCGCCGACGCCGCGUCCUUCACUUCCGACAACCCGCUGUGGCGAGAGCAGUACGUCGACCGAGCGCGCCAGAUGGUCGCCCGCGACAAGAACCACGCCUGCGUCAUCAUCUGGUCCCUCGGCAACGAGUCCUUCUACGGCCGCAACCAUCAAGCCAUGUACGACUGCAUCAAGGAGAUGGACGACACCCGCCUCGUCCACUACGAAGGCGACUGGCAGGCCAAGACGGUCGACAUCUUCAGUCGAAUGUACCCCGAAAUCGACAGCAUAGAGAAGUUUGCCCGAGAGCGCUCUUGGGAGAAGCCGCUGGUGCUCUGCGAGUUUCUGCACUCCAUGGGCAACUCGGUCGGCAACGCCAAGGAGUACCUCGAGGUACUCUACAAGUACCCGCGCCUCAUGGGUGGUUUCGUAUGGGAGUGGGCAAACCAUGGCUUGAGGACCAGGAACAAGCAUGGGGUCGAGUACAUGGCUUACGGAGGUGAUUUUGGGGACGAACCGAACGACUACAACUUCAUCUUGGACGGCUUGCUCUCGUCCGAGCACAACCAGACCUCGUCCCUGGCCGGAUACGCCAAGGCCGUGGAGCCCGUGGAAACGCUGUGUCGGGACCAAGACUGCGUCACCAUCAUGAACCGCUACGACUUCCUCCAUUUGGACCAUUUGAUCGGCUCGUGGGAGGUGGUUGCGGAUUCCAAGGAACCGCUGGCCCACGGCGUCAUCCCUCACACGGCGGCAAACGUCACGCUGGUGGGAUUUCGUGACGACAUGUUCCGAGGCGUCCAAGUGGAAUCCCACCUUCAACUGGAAUUCAGGCUCAAGUGUCCGGAACUGUGGGCAGACGCGGGCCACCUCGUUGCCACCGGCGAGCUGCCCGUCUCCCAGCAGCCUUCCAUCACCCGACUCCUCGCGGUCGAUCGGCCAGCGACCGGUCCGUCGAUCGAGCAGCUGGCGGGCCAGUGUCGCAUAGUUUCUCCCUCGGGGCAGUCGACCUGGCGCAUCAGCACUGUUACGGGCAUGCUGGAGAGCUGGCGGAGGGCCGAUCGUGCCCAUGUCGACAUGCUUUCGGAGGCCGUCCGGCUCGACUUUUACCGCGCCCUGAAUGACAAUGACCGCGGCGGACACGGCAGGCAGUGGCGGGAGCGCCGCCUCCAUCAGACGACCAGCCAGGUGCGCGACAUCCGCUGGCACGUGGCCGACGACGGCGCCGUCGUCCAAGUCACGGAACGGAUCGCGCCGCUGGUUCUGGCCUGGGGCGUCGACUGCCGCUGGACGUACAGGUUCGUGGGUGACGCCCUGCACAUUCGUGUCCAGGGCAAGCCUGGUGGCCCGCUCCUGCCGGAGACUUUUGCCCGCAUCGGGCUCACGUUCGGCCUCGCUAGCGCCGACCGGGCCUCGUGGUGGGGCCGGGGCCCCGGCGAGUCGUACCGCGACAGGAAAUUUUCACAGCUCUUUGGCAACUGGACCGCGCCCGUCGACGAGCUCUGGGUCGACUACGAUUUCCCCCAGGACAAUGGCAACCGGACCGACGUGCGUCGGGUGGAGUUUGUCGACGCCGGCGGCCGGCGGGUGCUCCGAGCGCGGUUCGGGGACCUCGACGGGGCGAGCUUCUCGGCGAUGCGGUACGCGACGCCUGACGUCGACGAGUCCAGCCAUCCGCACGAGCUGCACGAGAGGGCCCGAAAUGACACGGUCCUGAAGCUGGACUGGGCACACCAUGGACUGGGGACGGGUUCGUGCGGGCCGUGGACGCUGCCAGAGUACCAGCUCCGGGCGAACCAAGAGUUUGACUUUGAGCUGCUUCUGGACUAA